AUGAUCAGUGAGAAGGUGGUUCUAAACUGGUUCUGGGGUGAUGUCCAGCGAGAGCUCUCUGUGGGUGGAGGCGUGGUUCAGCCUGCGAGAACCUGGGGUUUGCACGCGGCCUGUCUUCUUGUCAAGGAGCUGGAGGUGGAGAGCAACCCUACGCAGUACUCGGAGGUGCAAGACAUGGUCCGGUACCUGUCCGGCGUGACGGAGUUGCUGGAGGCACAUUUCCUUGGCUCUUGGACCCCACCGGAAGUGCAUGGGUCGAAACGUUCGUCAUCGUCUCCCUCGUCCUCCGGCGGGUUGCUAAAGGAAGGGCAGGCGGUGUCUGCCCAAGUACCUGGGCUGGCGUCUGUGCUAGCCAAACUGCUGUGCACCGUCCUUCCGGCGCUACAGGCGCUUCAGCCGUCGCGGGAGCUGGUAAGACGCAUGACGGCGAUGUGGGGUGUUCUGAGGCAUCACGACGACUCUAGGGUCAAGCUCGGGUGUUUGGAGGUUGUGGAGUUGCUGGCCAUGUUCGCCCCGGGCGAUAUUCCAGACGCGUUGCCGGAGAUCAUGCCCUUCGUACAGGGGGUUCUCCGCGAUGGUGUUGGGGGCACUUCCCCGGAGUGCCUGUCGCGUGCGGCGAUGUGCGUCAAGCUCAUCGCGGCUAGGACGUCGGGGGCGGUGGAGAGCUACCGACCUGAGCUGGAGCUGUACAGCUGCUUGGAGAGUGUGCUGGGGUCUCUCACUUGGGAGGGGGCUCCUACCUGGCGCGGUGUGGUCGUUAGCCGAGACGUCGAGAAGCACUUCGGUGGCAGGGUGGAAGCGGCCAGACAGCUGGAAGUGGCUAUCGACACCGUGGCGACCGUGGAUCAGGAUGACUACCGUCCUCUCCACUGGCUUCUCUUCGGCAAGGCUCUCGUCGUCGGAACGGGACACGUGCAGCACCCGCUUUCCCCUCGACGGGGAAGCCAUCCCGCGUCGGCUGCGGGAAUGGGCGGCGGCGGCGGCGGGGGCGAGGACGAGGAGGAACACGGGGAAGACGGCCGAAGUGACUUCGGCAAGAGGAGCAACGCGGCGAACAGGAACAGCUGGUCGGAGGUGGUGCAGGGGGCGAGGAACGGCCUCGCGAGGUUCGCUUCCCCCCUCGCGAGCUCGAGGUGGCAGGUCAAAAGAACGGCCGUGCGCGGGUGCGUGAUGGUGCUGUCGGCCCUCCAGAACGGCUCGUCUCAAGCUGCCGACGAAAGAGUCGGUUGUCUCGACGUCAAUAAAGCCCGCAGAGUCGUCACCCGUGCCGUCAGAAUGCUACCGGCAGAGUUCAACGGCAAGGAUGGUGCUGGUCCCUCCUGUGAGUCCGCGGCGCUGACUGCUCCGCAACGGCCCUUCUGGGCACAAGUCCCGGCCCUGCUGUGUCUCUACCUGGAAGACCUGGUGACGCUGGCGUGUGCUGCGGCUACUGCUUCGACUGAUGACAGCGAGCUGCUUGAGCUGCAAGAGGCUGGCGUGAUGAUGCUCACGGAAGUCGCCAGGACAUUUGCUCAGGUCCCCGACUCCGAUGAGGACGAGCUUGGCCUAGUGGUCGUCUUGGGUAAGAGCGUUCGGGCGCCGACUCUAGCGCUGGAGCUGUCUAUCUCGCAGAUCACGGGCGCCGCUAGGCCUGCCCUAGGUUGCAAGGUGUCUCCGCGGCUGGCCCAGCGUGGCUGCGAGCUGGUGGUCACGCUUGUCCGAGAGGACCAGGCGGGCUCCUUGUCCCAGGCGGAGGCGGAGGCUUUGAGGCUGAAGGAGGCCGUGGAGGCUAGCUACCGCCCCGCGGUGUCCGCCGUGUACGGGAUGCACGUCCCCCUGGCGGAGAGGGCGGCAAGGCUGCAGUGCCUGGCGGCGCUCCGGCUGGUCGCCGGAGGGGAAGACGAGGCUUCGUUCGGAGGCGGGAGCGGCUCGGGGGCCGUGAUUCCGGAUUCGGUCCGGAGGGGGCUAAUGGACGCUUUGAAAGAGCACCUCAAGGUGCUGGGACUGCACUGGCUUGCCAACGUCAAGGAUGCGGUAAGGCUAAACCAGGGGGAUGCUUGCGGUCUUUGGCCACGUGCCGGCAAGUUGAACAUCGGUGCAGGCCUGACGUACCCUCCGGGGGUGAAACCGUCACUGGCGAAGGGCCCACUGAAGGGGAGGUGGCCCGUAAUGGCUGCUGCGGCCGCGGCAGAACUCGCCAGGGAAGGGGGCGGCGAUGACGCCGAGGCAGCGCCGUUUUUGCUGUCGGUGUGUGUGUGCGGGCUCCUGGCGGCUGAAGAAGGGCUAGUCCGACGGCGACUGGGGGGGACAUCCCGGCGACACGGGCGGUCUUUCCUAGGGUCACCCGGCAACGAGUUUGCGAACGGCUCGCGAGGAGUGACCGGGGGCGGCAGCCUUGCUGGUGGUGGGGACAAUGACGAGGACGAGGAGGAGCAAGACGAGGGGCUGAUGGCGGAGGAUGCUUCGCUCAUGUUCCUGACGGCUAUAAGGUGCCUAUUUUCGAGACCAGAGCUACUGGGAAGCCCCUCGCCGACCGAUAACUCGAAAACGCCAUCGAUUCAGGAGAUCGGUCCCGAGAACGGUGCGGGCAUGGGAGAGGUCGACGUUGGCAGCCCAUCCGAGAGCCCUGACAGUGGUAGUGCUAUCGGUGUCCCUGUGUCGAUGGUCGUACGCGCCGUCAGGACACUUUCAUCACCCCCGUUCUUGCAGCGCGUGGGGGAUUCGGAGGCUGGUAGUGUCAAAGAAGGAAGAAGGGAUGAGGAUGAUAAGUGUCCUCUCAGACUCCAGCUCGCUGCCAUCUCGGCUCUGGGAGAACUUUUGUCUUCGAAGGGGGGUGAGUAUGUGAUGAGAGCCACGGCAGCGACGACGGCUGCUGGACGGGACGGGAAUUCGAAAACGCAGGAGGCCGAGGAGGAGGCGGGCGAGAGUGAUGCGGAGCCGUUUGCACUAUGGGAAGCUCUUAUGGGAGGUGUUGUUGGUGGCGUUAACGCCAACAUUCCGGCAGCGUUUGACCUGCCGCUACCUCCGGGAGAAGAAACGGGUAACACAGAACCCAACUCUCUCUCCGCGGCAUCAUCUACACCCGCUCAAAUCGGCGGAGCUACGUUUACCGCCGAAUUUCCUUCGGACGAUAGCAGGAGCAACGGCGCUCCCGGGAUGGUCUCGAACCCCCCUGUGAGUGCUGGUGCGGACGGUGCGGCGGCGAAUGCGGCGGCGAAGGCCUUCGCGGCAGAGGUUGACAAGAGUAAAAGCUCCUCGGCGGGCGAGGAAGCGACGGUGAUGGUGUCCGCGGCUCUCCUCCCGCUCCUGGCCCGCCUUGUUCCUCUCUGUCCGCUCCCCAGACUCUCGAGCACGCUCCCCUCGCUCCUCCUGCUUUCCGUGAGACUUCUCGGAGCGGAAUCGGGCAGGGUGCUUGGGGUUGCUGCUGGGUCUGCCGCGGCAGCAGGGAUGGGCUCCGCAACGGGUGGUGGUGGUGGUGGGGACGCCGCUAAGGGGCUGUCCUCAACACCAGAAGCGAAAGCCGCCGUCGACUUUGUGCGGUCUUCCGUGCGCGAGGUGUGGCGCCACGGGAAUGUCCAGCAGCGGCAAGAAGCUGGUCCCGGUGAAGUUGCUCGUGCUCCCGGACCGCCCCAGGGCGAUGUUGAGGGCGCGGAAGCAGUGGUUAGUGCGGGGAGAGGGGCUGCCGUCCCCGAAACUGGAAGCGUUUCGACUGCGCCCGGGCCUGAUGAAGGCGCCGAAAUCGUGGAGGGUAGCGGGGUCGUGGCAAAUGAUGAGGACGGCGACAAUGACGACGACGAUUGGGGGGACGACGAUUUCCAAGGGGCUGAGGGCGACUUCCAGGGGGCCGAGGGCGAGCUGCAGGAGGGCUCUUCUCCUCCCGCGGCAGAGGCGGCGGCAAAAUCAGGCGAGGUCGGGGUACGAAGCGAUGAAUGCUCUGGGGAAGGGAAGGAGGAAAGUGAGACUUGGCAAGAAGAGGCACCGGUGGUACAGCACAAGGACGACGCACCGUCGAGUAACAAGGACGGUGAGGAAGAUGGGUAUGCCUCUGCUGCGGAAGACGGGGCCGACCGGUCUGCGCACAACGAUACGGAGGACGAAACCGAGGGCGAGGCGAAUGAGGCCAAGGAGGUUCUUCAAGAGCCAGCAGAUCCGGAUGAUGUCGGUAAUGACGAAGGCAGCCAGGAAACCUCAGCAGCAGCCGAUGCACCCGUCGCCUCCGCCGCCGCCGCCGCCGCAGCAGCAGCGACGACCCGCGCGGAGAGCGCAGACGCGCCUGCUUGUGUAGACUCCCAGGACGAUGGUGCCACCACACCAGAGAACGGGAGCACAGAAGACGUCCCCGUCGCCUCGCCGCCACCUGCCGUGCCGGAUGCCCUGAAUUUGCUUCUAGGCGCGGGCCGGGCCGUGAACGGACUCUUGGCCUUCCUCCUGGGUGGAGAAGGGGCAACGACAGAAAGGGCGGCCGCGAUCGGCGCAGCCGCGGAAGCUUGGGGCGCGGUCGCCCUGACGAUCCCCCAGGAAGCAGACGGUCUCGCGGGGCCGCUGCGCGAGGCGCUGACUUCCUCCACGGAGAAGUGCUCGGUUUCCACCCGGCUUGCGUUGCUGCAUGCUGUCAUCGUCACUGUCAAGGCGGCGGCCGGUGAGGACGACGGAGCUGCGGCGGGGCAGGCGGAGGCGGACGGGGGCGCGUAUCGCAAAGCGGCGGCUACAGCGUUGAUGCGGUUGCUUGCGCCGCACGCGUUGGCCGGCUUGCGGCUCGAGGUGGAUCGCGCAGCAGCAGUGGCGGCGGCGGCGGGAGGGGGCAACGUCGGCGGUGUGGCGGACGAGGAACCGCGGGAAGCAUGCUUGUUGGAGGGCGUGCACCUCGCCCAGCUCGCGUUCAAGGCGGCGCCGCAAGCAAGCCACGGCCCCCUUCUCGGCCUUUUGCUGCCCCUUUACGCUUCCGCCCUGGCUCUCAACCUGCCGAUGCUGGGUGCCACCAUCGGCCAAGCUUUACUGCUCGUCGCAAGGUCGUCUGCAGGAGCCUUCAAGGAGGCUGUAGCUUACGUUGCCACGGGGGAACGCCAGGCACUAGAAGGCGCUGUGCGCGCCGCAAUGAUGGGGCGAGGGGCUCCAGUGGCGGGAGGCGACGCGGGCGGGAGAGGCGGGGGUAGCGGCUCUCGAAUGUCUGGUAGAAAGCUAGACCUCAGCCAAUACAGCACGAGGGGCUAGGGCGGUGUCUGUGGUGUUUGUAGGC